AUGUUUACCUAUUUAUACAAGAAGAUAAAACAACCAAAGGCUUCAGAGCCGGCCAGAAAACAGCCAUGCCGCCAUCAAUUGUCUCUCCAGGCCUCGAGGCUAUCAAAUGAGGAGAAAAGGUAUGAUGACGCCUUGGUCGAGGGAUCGCUUCCACAACCAGUCAAGCCCACGACAGAACAAACAGUUGAGAACCAGGGUCCAUGCUCUGAAUGCAAAAAGGAGAAACACGAUAAGCGGGUCUACAGAUGGAAACUGAUAUUCGGCCUCCUUCUACCGUAUUUCCUUGCGUCGGUUGAUUUGACCAUUGUCGCUGCGGCGUUGCCGUUUAUUGCAUCGCAUUUUAAUAAAUUGGAUGAAUUGAACUGGAUUGUCACGUCGUUCACCUUGACUUCGACCGCGUUUAUCCCCGCCUUUGGCCAACUCGCCGAUGUUUUUGGGCGGCAUUUUGUUCUCCAGCUGGCCAUGUUUCUCAUGCUGAUUGGGAGUGUAUUAUGUGCUGCGGCCCAGACGUGGCCAAUGCUCCUCUUGGGACGGGCUUUGCAAGGGACAAGUUCCGCUGGAAUCAUGAAUUUGAUCCAGAUCAUUUUGGCGGAUAAGGUUAGCUUAGAGGACAAUGCAAAGAACAGCGAAUUGGAGAUAUGUUUUUGUGUUAAGUAUACCAGUGAGACAUUACUAUGCUUGGGUAUGCCUACGCUUAAAGCUAACCGCUUCAAGGUUGCCUUCCUCGCUCAUAUUUCAAUUUUCGUGCUCCUACGAAAGGAACUGGUUGGCGGCACAUAUUUCAAGAAAGGCUCAAGUCGAUCGUUAUUCCUCGAAGGUCUAAGCACUGUCGACCUCGGCGGUACAUUCCUAUUCGUAUGCGGCGUAGGCCUCAUAAUCAUCGGCACAUCCUGGGGAGGAGCAACUUACCCCUGGACCUCUCCAGCUGUUCUAGCUCCACUUAUCAUUGGCUCAAUUCUUUUUAUCUUGUUCUUCGCCUAUGAAUAUCUCCUUGGCCCCGGAAGGCUUUUGGCUCGGAGCUUUCCAAUGCAGACAGCGAUGGUGCCUUCUGAGCUGUUCCAUAAGCGAGAUAUGAUUGUCCUGGCGAUUGUUGAAUUUGCCACCGGUGCAGCUAUGUAUUCCGCCUUCUACUUUGUUGGCAUCUAUUUCACACUUGUCGAAGCCUAUUCCGCCGGAAAAUCCGGACUCCAGCUCCUUUAUUACAUCCCUGGGAUAGGAGUCGGCGUUUACGUUGCCAUGUUCAACUGCAAUGUUUGGCCAGCACAGACCUUCUAUCCUCUCAGUUUAGGAACACUGAUUGAAACCAUUGGCAUCUCUCUUAUUACUUGGGCUGUUACAACCCGCAAUGUUGCCCUUGUGAAUGGAAUGAUGGCUGUGGCGGGCGCCGGAACAGGAAUGCGCUUCAUGCCCGGUUCCCUACACGCUGCCGGGGUCUGGCCUGACAUGAUCGCACCCGCAAUGUCCGUUAUGCGAUUCUCCAUACCCUUUGGCGGAACUCUGGCCCUGGCAAUCAUGGGCAGUGUUUUCAAUAAUAAAAUGGCACCUGUCUUUCGCGCCACGAACGCAGGCCCAAAUCAACACAUUGGCUCAAAUUCGGGGCAAAGCCUAGACUCGAUUAAUGAGCUGCCGGGGGCAGUACAAGAACUGGUGCGCAACACAGCCAAAGACGCGGUGAUGUGGGCAUUUAUUUCUAUUGCACCGAUAAUGGCGAUCGGCCUUGUGGCGGUUAUCUUUCUUGGGAACGUAUGGAUAAAGUCCGACAAAGCAAAAGAGGCUGUGGAGAGGGCUAAACGGGAGAACACUCAUGACGAUGGAAUUGUUAGCAGUGAGGUUAUUGAUAAACCCUUUAUGUGGGCUAGAACUGUUGAGGAGAAUAAGUACAUUAGCACUCCUUUAUCGAAAGCCGAGAAGGCGAGACAGGCUCAAGCAAUACUCGAGGAGAAGGCUCGUCUACGUGCACGGAGAAGCAAAAAUCAACACCUUGGCCUUGAUGCGGAACGUGCAGCUGUUUGA